AUGGAGCGAAUACGUCGUUAUCUCGAGCGAGCUGGGGUCGACGUCGGCAUACGUCCUUUGGCCAACGUCGAACUCGACGGAGUGGCACGGUUCAGCGACACCAAAUCGAUCGGCAGCCUAAGUCAGCAUUUGUUCGAGAGCGACGAGGACGAGAGGUACUACGGGACGUGCAACGGUUACGCGUCGCACCCAGGAAGCAAAUCGAACCUGUUGCUCUGCAGCGAGUGCGACCAAAAGACGCGAACCUGCACGUACAGGCCGCAGACUCCAGGGUCUUACGUCGGUCGUUACGUCGAGGAACGUCUCGAUCCCGGCGAAGAGUUCGCCUUUCUUCGCGCGGACUACAAGACCCCGGUCCGUACCAGCCCUUCGCCCAGAUCCUCGCGCGAUCCUCAAGAUACCUCUUCCUCGCCGAGACCGCGCGAUCUCGAACGACACUUUCAGGAUUCGUCGUCGCCUCGAUCUUUGCGCCAAGAGCAGGAGCUCUUGUCGUGCGAAUAUCUUGGUCGCGAGGGAACCCUCGAGGAAACGGAAAAGCGCCAGAAACAGGAAACGGAGGAGGACGAGGAGGACGAGGAGGAAGAAGAGGACAGCCCGAUUUGCGAGCUCUGUCAUGGAAACGGCCUCGUCCUCGUUCACUGCGAACACUGCGACUUUUCCACCGAAGGAGAUCUCAUAUGUUUCCGGUGUCAAAGCGACGAGGGCUCCUCGAACGGCAACAACGGGUGUCCCCGUUGCGAGAGAAGCGCCAGGAUGGCAGCUGCCGGCGUCGCUUCCUCCGACGAGGAGAAUCAUCAUCCUCCCGGCAAGUACCCCGUAGACGCGGUCGUCAAGAUCAAACUCAACGAUCGUACGAUCGACGUCGACUCGGACGAUACCAACGACAGCGAUCCUUCGAUCGAUCGUCACAGAGGUCAAGUAGAUCGUCUCGACACCAUCGUCGAGACCAAAGGCGACACUGCCAGCGAAAACGACGACGAUAACGGCGGUGCCAAGCUGAACGGAACUACGAGCCCGAGAUAUCUCAAUUACAUGAUCGUCCUAUUCUUGUAAAUAAAUCCGAACCGCUGCGAGAUCCAUCUAUUUCUAUCCGUGACGUAGGAAGAAGAUAAGAAUGGUCGGCGGCGAUUCGAUAAACUUUGACCGACCUGUACUGUACAUAAACUGCCAGGGGACACGAUAGUCGAAAUCGGCACUCUCUAGUGGCGCCAUAGAAUUAAAAUAGUUAGCUCGUAACGGUGAUUAAGGUGGCAAAAUAAAAAAAAGAAUGAGAGAAGACGAUAAGCGAGAAACGCCGUGCGAAUUAAGAAAACGAGAAAGAGAGAAAGAGAGAAAGAAAGAAAAGAAGAAAAGAAAGAAGCAAAGAAAGAAAUAAAGAAGAUAGAUAGAUAGACAGUCUCAGGAACGACGGCCGACCCGCCGUGACGACUUUCGUCGUCGAGAGCCGAAAAUAUCGAGGCGUUUCCGCGCGCAACCAUUAGAAUGGGUUUGUACAGAGAUCGCGAUUAUACUGUCUCUCACUUAUAAACACCUUCCGUUAUUUUCUAUCCAAUGAUAGGCGACGAAAGAACGACGAAAGAAUCUCGCCGAUUGCGAACUGCUUUACGAAGGAAGAUACACAAAUAUCGAUACGAAGAACUAUAAUACGAAACCGCGAAGUACAUGCUGCCAAUAAUAAAUCAAAAAUCGAAUAGCGCGCGAGGACUUACGAUGUAAGAUUUUUCAUACCUUCGAUCGACUUCUUUCUUAGCUUACGUAAAAGCAAUAGACGCGAGCCCGUACAUACACACGUAUACACGCAUAUCCAUGCAUACACACAGACACAAGCACACACGCGCACGCACACACUCGCGUCUCUUAUUUAUUACGUACAUACGCUUUUAUCGAGUAGAUCCUACGGUAUAAACUUCUCGCGUCUUUCUCGCGGAUUACUCGCGUAUCGUCGGAACGACUAGAAUAAUUUAACGAUACGUCUUACGCGACCGCAGAGCGUGAGAUACGAUAAAUAUGUCAAUUCCUAAAACGCAAAUCGAUACGAUCGAGGCAACGCGUAAACUGCCAUCAUUUUCACACGGUUUUAGCUAAGAUUUUUGCACAAACCCAUGCUAACUCAUGUUCGGGACCAACUUAAAUCUAUCAUCCAAGCGACAAAGCCACUUCCGAGUCUCCACCUUUCGUUCAUAGUCGUUAGUCGCUAAAUUACGCCGGUUUCUCGACAUUUGCGACGUCUAAACGAUUCAAUGUUAACCAACUUUACGAAGAUAGAGGCAGUACUCAUUUCGUUUGAAUCUACUAUUAAAUAAUAGAGAGAAGAAGAACAAGAAGAACAAGAAGAAGAUAUAUUCGCAGAACCAGGCUACCUCUAUUUUCGUACGCGCGGGAAACUACGAAAGGACGCGAUCAUAAUCCAAAAUAAAAACGACGAACGUACGAUCAGAUUCGAUCUCGUAGGACCGUUCGCUUCGAAGACUCGCGGUGUCGCACCUCGCCUACGAUAGACACCGUGAGAAAAUUUCAACGAUUCGAUGAACUCGAGUUCAUCGUCCCGACGCGAACCACGUUUCAAAAGAAAGAAAGAAAAGCGCAGGAUCCGUGCGCGCACUUCUUCGCCUAUUUCAUGGGGGCUUUCGUCACGUGAUAAAGAUGGCGCCCAAUGGGUUCAAAGAACAAAUGAAAAAAGAAACGAAAGGAAAGCUGUACACAAGAAAAAGGAGAAGAAAAAAUGUCGGAGAAGGAGGAAGAAGAAGUGUUUUCCAAAGGAACCAAAAGUCGAGAGAGUACUCGAAUCGAUUCUCGAAAAAGAAAAAAAAAAACAAAUAAAAAGAUGAAAGAAAAAGGGAGGGCGCAACGAAGACGGAACGACGCUACGAGUGAACGAUAUCGAUUUUUUAAAUAUUUUUCAAUCAUCGAAUUAUAGAAUUUACUAGAAAAUGAGACUUUUUUUAACGUCCGUUUCUAAGCCUCUUUGUAAUCGUGUCUCCGAGAGCGAUCGCUACUCGCCGAAG